AAGCGUCCAAAACCAAAACGGCCAAUACAACCCUGGGAACUUUUCAAAGCUAUCGAGAAGAAGGAUAUAAUGUUUAUAAUGACCUGUAGAGAUCAUAGUUUCGACUUGCUCUUACGAAAAGUGGGCGAUAGCACUCCACUAGUACACGCGAUGCGUUUAGGAAAGGAAUACGAUGGGAUUGCUAUCGUCCUAGUCGGUGCGAUGUCAAAGUGGGUGAACUCGAUGGACGAACACACCCUCAAAAGUGCAUCGAAUCGCGAAAUACUCAAGAGUCUAAGGACGAAUUUGAAAUUGGCAAUAGAUCAUGGUUUGUCGACUGGACAGACAGAUUUAUUGGCCUCGUAUUUGCAAACGCUAGUCAUGAGUGAGGGUGAUAAGUUUAUCAAUGACGCCACACAGUUGGUUUCACUGGCACUCACAAAUCCUAUCACGAACAAACCCGUCCAGACAGCUGCGUCCGAGUUGCGCAAGUUCGCGACCUGGAGGUUAGACAGAAGUGCCUCUACGAUUGCUAGUUUGGAUGAUUAUCUGAGUAAUGGAAUUGCAGAUUUAGUUAUGAUGGCUGCCUGGUUGCAAGUCCUGAGGUUCUACCAGCAAGGUGAACCGAUACCGACCUACGUAUUCGCUCGGGAUGACAGAUGUUACAAGACAUUCGUAGAGGGGCUGUCAGCGGCAAGCAUAACGAUUAAAGUGACAGCAUCGCAUAAACUCAAAUACCACUUAUCAGCAAUUGAAAAGGUCCUUGGUCAGCGGCAUAUCUCCUUGAAAGAACGCGUCAGCAAGCUCUCAAAGGUGUUAGAUCAAGGGGAG